CAAAGGCAAGUAAAGUUUUACUUUCUCUCUCAUACAGAAGAGCAGGGAUCCUGUAAACGUAUCCACCAGAUUCAAAGACAGUUUUUUUUGUAGCUGAGCUGUUGUUGAAUGUCCACAGCCCAUGUUUUUUGUCCUUGUGUAUAACAUUGAUAUUAUAUUAUAAAGAAGCCUUGCUGGGUUUAUCUCUGUGGUCCUCAAAUUUUAUUUUGCUUUGAUAUUUAUAGGCUGGGCGUUACAGAGUGUGGAUGAGGUCAUGUGGUCAUUUGUUUUUAUGACAGCUCGAUGGUCAUUUCUGAGGAAAUGAUUCACAUUUCAUUGAACUCCAUAACCACAUAGCAAAAUUGGUAUGACCCAGAUCUGGCCCACACAUGGCCCACAUACCGCAAAGAAUGGCGUCCCUUUGGUGGCCCAUGUGUGGAUUACCUCUGACAAACCUGAUCUGGGCCACUGAAGGGCCAUCAUUCUUUGCAGUAUGUGGGCCAUGUGUAAGUUGUGUGCAGCCACGGGCCAGUUGUAGAGACACUGCUGGCCCUGUGCUGUGAUGUAAUGUGUACCUUAAUCAAGCCAUGUAACAACAACAUUUACAUAAUAGUGCAGAAGUUACAUGGCGAAACUCUGUUCAGACAGUGAAUGGACUGACUCUUAUAUAGCACUUUUCUACUCUCCCAGAUUACUCAAAGUACUCUAUACAACAUGCCACAUUCACACACACACUUUCUCAAAACUGAGUGCUUCCUAACUACAUUCAUACUUGACAUGCAGAUUGGAGGAGCCAGGGAUCAAACCACUAACCUGCUGAUCAGUAGGUGACCUGUUCUACCUCCUGAGCUACAGCCACCCACUGGCAAAGUUGAGUAAACCGUCACUAGGUUUUCAAUAAAGUGUACGCUCACAAACCUGUCAAACCUGCAUUUGAAACGUUGGCUACCACAGCAGUAUAGUAUUGCAACAUGGCAUUUGGGUCUGCUAACUAAAAUAGGAAAAUAGGAACAUAAACAGUGGCGUCAUUGCCAGACCUGGCGCACAUCUGGUUGACAUACACUCACUGGUGCUGUGACACCAGUCAGUCAGAGGUUGAUGCCAGAUCCGGGCCAGACCUGUUUUCUAUGGUCUUGGGCCACAAUCACAACCACAAUCGAGCCAGAUAUGGCAUGCAUCGCAUAGACAGUGCCGUCUAUGCCAGGCCUGCCCCAUAUCUGGAUGACAUACGUCUUAUCAUGCCAGAAGUCAGCCAGCUCCGGGCCAGACCUGCUUGCUAUGUGGGAUAACCUCCCUCCCGUUCCCUUAACAAAAUAAAUAGGCAAAAACCCAGCUUUCACCAUGAAUGUCAGGAAAACAACCAGAAUGAAAACUUUUAAUAGCUGUUAUGUCUGAAUUGUAUUAUUUUGUACAUACAGCGGUGUAAAACAAUGUUUGCCCCCUCACACUUCAAUGUUUUAGAUUAAACAAAUUUAAAAUUUUAAAAAAAGAUAACACAACUGAAGACAAAAUGCAUUUUCUAAAUGAAGGUAUUUAAUAUUAAGGGAAAAGAAUAUCCAAACUACAUGGCCCUGUGUGAAAAAGUGAUUGCCCUCUAAACCUAAUAACUGGUUGGGCCACCCUUAGGAGCAGCAACUCCAAUCAAGCAUUAUUGAUAAUUGUCAAUUAGUCUUUCACAGUGCUAUGGAGGAUUUUUGGCCCACUCAUCUUUGCAGAAUUGUUGUAAUUCAGCCACAUUGAGGGCUUUCAAGCAUAAACCACCUUUUUAAGGUCAUGCCACAGCAUCUUAUAGUUUUUCUCGAUUGCUUAAACACAUUUCUUGAAACUAUGCCUCAUAUUUUCGAAAUAGUAAACACAAAUCCAUAACGUCUCACCCAAUUUCCCAAACAUCGUAUUGCCAGGUCAAAAUGUAGCUCUAAACUUAAAACCAUUCACUCUUGCAGCGGGGGUAAAAUCCUCUUGCAUGCCUGAUCCUGAAGCCAUGCAUCUAAUGAUAUGUCUAGACAGGCUUCUUCCAUGGCCUGGAGGAGGUGCACACGGACAUAAGUUUCUCUGUCAUACACCUUCCACCGCCAUGCCGAAAAUAACUCCUCUAUCAGGUUUAGAAAGGGAGAGUAUGCAGGCAGUAAGAUGUGAGAAAACCUUGGGUUAUUGGUAAACCAGUCAUUAACCAGAGCAGCGCAAUGGAAACUGACGUUAUCCCAAACAACAAUGUAGUGAGGCUGCUCUGGCUGUGCUGGUUCCCUGUAGUUCAGCUGGAACAUGUGUUGUCUCAGACCAUCAAGAAAAGCAAGGAGAAGCAUAGUGUUAUAGUGUCCUAGAAUGGCAUGGCGGUGGAGUACCCCUUGCUGGCUGACAGCGGUGCACAGAGUGACAUUUCCUCCAUGCUGACCAGGGACAUUUACAAUAGCCUGAUGGCCAAUUAUGUUCCUCCACCUCCUCCACCUCCUCCUCCUCAACCUCUUCCUUUGCAUGUCUUUGGAUCCAUUGUUUCAAACCUGAAUGAGCUGACUUUGGCCCUUUUAUAUAUCUAUUUAAGUUUCUGAUUGGUGUGUGAUACAUUUUGACUCCUAGUGUUUCCACUGGGAAACAGCUGUGCUGAUGUGAGUUACAGUUUUUCCUGAAUUGCUAAAAUACAUUUCCUAAAAUCUCAUCUCUUUGUCUCAAAACACUAAACACAAACUGUAAAAUUCAAGCUACACACACAAAACCUUCGACUUGUCUUGCAAAACCAAACAUUUGACACAAAACUAUUUUAACUUUACUCAAAAUCAACCACUACUGUCAAAAGCCACACAAAACCAGCCAAUGUGCAAACACAACUUAGCAACUAUUACACACUACAGAAAUAAAUACAAAGCACUGUGGGAUAGCGGGAAAAUAAUAUUUAUCUAUUCAUUAAUUUAUUCUUGUACUCACAUUUUAACAAAAAAGAACUGCAAUAAAAAAGUUACAUAUACAUAAAAAAAUUAUAUAUUUUUACAGCAUAUUCAGAUAAUUUAAUCUGCCUCAGCAUCAAGCUUCUGUGCUGGGUCAGCCAACUUCAUCCACAUCAUAUGUUAUGGUCUCCCUUGCAAUACAACAAGGAAAGAAUCCUUUAGCAUGCCAAAUCCAGCCCUGGCAAGAUUCCAGUCCCAUCUCACCAUGCCCCAUUCAUUGGUUGAAGUAGAUUUUCCUGUGUAUAAGGGUGCCGGUCGUAUACUUUCCAUCUCCAUGCUGAGAAAAACUCCUCGAUAGGGUUCAAAAGAGAGAGUACGGUGGAAGAAACACAUUGAUAAAAUGCUGCUCAUUGUGAAACCAGUUGCAUAUUCUUGGAUCAUGGUGAAAGCUCACAUUGUCCCAAAUGAUGUGGGAUGCUCUGCCUGCUCGCGAUCUCUCUACUCAAGCAAAGCAUCCCGUAGACCAUCCAGGAAUGUUGCUAGAGGUUCGGUGUUGUAUGGCUCAACAGUAACAUGACUGUGGAGAACCCCAUAGCUGCUGAUGGCAGCACAGAUAGGUACGUUUCCACCACGCUGACCAGGCAGUUCAAUAAUGGCACGUUGACCUAUGACAUUGCAACCUUUUCUUCUCCUUUUUGCUAGAUUCAAAAUGUAUGUUGUCUUCUAUAUUCCCUUGCUGCAUUUCAUGCAGUCAAAUUGCAUUAUUCUGACGGACCAUAUCCACAAUAAGUGUCUCCUGGUGUUGUGAGCACAUGCGUGUUCUUCCACCCUCAUGUGGCCGUCUUUCAAUUCUAAACAAAAUACCAUUUAGUUAUAAGUAUAUUUGUAUACAUAGCACAUGUAUACAUCAUACUAUUUCAUUUAGUUUGUUGUGUACAGAGAAACUUUGAGUUUGACUCAGUGGUUAGGCCUCAUGAAUACAUCUUUGUGGAUGAAGCUGUAUUCAAUCUAGCAAAAAGCAGAAGAAGAGGUUGCAACAUGUGUUUUCAAUUUUGAGUGGUAGUGUGUAAAUGAUGGAAACAGUGUGUUAGUUGUGUUUAACAUCUGUAGCCUGUGUGCACCAUUCUGGGUACAAGUGCACCACAUUGCUAAAUGUGUUUUGUGUUUGAGAAUGUGUUUAGCAAGGGCGCAGAUUUGGCAUGGACGGAAGGGACAUGUCCCCACCAAUAUCCAGCGAUUAUUGAAUUGCCCCCACCAAUAAUUUGAUCUCUUCGAGUAAAGAAAAACAAACCCGAUAGAAAGAAAAAAAAAACGAUCUGUCAACGUCUCAUUCACCCAGCGGUGCAGAAAGAGUUAAAUUACGUUCUCUACCGGAGUCCUACCUCAUGUGACACAUAUGGCCAAUGUGAUUGGCUGUGCCUUUCAGGGAGCUCUGUUUAGUUUUAGCAGCGGCAAGCCUGCGCUGCGAGGACCUGCAAGGAGGAGAGGAGGAUGGCAGCAAAAAGGAAGAACCUGGAUAUAAGAAAGAAAUCUGUGACAGAAGAACCAACACAAAGUUCAGAGAGCAAUAGUGAUGCAAGAUCACAGAGCAGAGGAAGACUUCAGAUGAUGCCAGCGGAGAAAAGCUGGUUAUGAGAACAGGAAAGAUGAAGGAGGAAUCCUCUGAGAAGACGGUUGAGUGGUCAGAGCUCAAAGAGGUGAAAAACGCACUUAUUAAAGGACACCGUCCAAUGAACCCCUGCCCGGUGUAUGACAAGGUCAACAGGAAGCUUUUCCUGUUUUUCAUCUGUGUUGAAGACGGUAUCACUGAGAGUGACCAAAUAGAAAACUAUGACAACAGGACCCGUCUCUGCUACAUCACAAGUAACAAUCUUGGAAAAGCCUGGAGUGAUGUGACCGAUUUGACUGACGAACUGAGUGAAAUAAAAAACUGGUCCACAUUUGCUGUUGGGCCAGGCCAUGGGAUUCAAACAGAGGGUGGUAGACUGAUUAUCCCAGUUUAUGCUUAUUGCAGAAGUACUUGCCUCUUGCAUUGCUGUUGUAAACCAGUUGCAUGUUCGUUCAGUUGCUGUUGUAAAUCAUAUGCACUCUCACUGUAUAGUGAUGAUCCUGAUAAAAGUUGGAAAUUUGGUCAAACGUUGCAAUCAGAAUCAUGCGAAUGUCAAAUGGCAGAGGUCUAUGAAGACAACGGCUCCAGUUUCAUUUAUUGCAAUGCUCGCAGUUUUUGCUGCUCUCGAGUGGAAGCUGUCAGUAUGAAUAAAGGUUUUACCUUCAGCAAAUUUAGAUGCACUAAGCUUAAAGAAACAAAGUGCUGCUCAGGAUGUCAGGGAAGUGUGGUCUCCUUUCCAGCUCAAGAACAAAGUGGAACUGCACAAAGUGAUCCAAACCAAAACAAGUGGCUGCUGUUCACACACCCAACCAGUAAAUCGCGCAGGAUUGAUCUCGGUGUGUAUCUGAACAAAUCCCCACGUGAUCCAAAGGCAUGGAGCGAGCCCUGCAUCAUUAAUGAUGGACCCAGUGGUUACUCAGACCUGGCUUACAUUGAUGAUGGCUGCUUUGCAUGUCUGUUUGAGUGUGGGAAGCACGAAAUACAUGAGCAGAUAGCCUCUGCUGUGUUUAGCUAUAAGGACGUCACCAAGAAAUAAACUGAAGCAAAGAAAAGAAAAAUAUAAAAAGAAUCAUUUUUAUUCAGGUGUGUAGACGAAUAGAUUCAUAUGUAUAUGUGCACGACUUAAAGUAGUAAGUGUUGCUUUGUAUGUAAAAAUCUUUAUUUGCUUGUUGCAUGAAAAAUGAAUAAGAAAAUUGAGAAGUUUGUAGGAUUACCACUUUUUAAAAAUACUUUAAUAAAUUGAAGGAAACAGAAAACAGUUUCUCCUGUUUUCAGUGAGUAUUAAACAUGGAUGCUCAAUUUAAACACAAGUUUUAAUCUAGUUAUUCACUUCUUGAAAAAAACAUACCUAAUGUUGCAAAUAUCAUAUUACUGGUUGUGAAUGUAUUUGAUUUUAUUGCAGAAAAUAAUAAAAAAUAGUUAACAUAUCCUGUUUUAUUGUAAAACUAUCUUUUCUUUUGCUCAUUUAUUUCCCACCAACUCCAAACUGUGAGUUCAACAUCCACAA